CUGUCACGUGAAUUUAUGUGUCAUUAUAUACAGAAUGUUCCGCAUUCUUAUUUAAUCUUUCUCGAGAACUUUAACCUAACAUUUACCUCAUUCUUAUUCUACGCGUGGAAGAAUAACGAAACUUUUGUAAAGGUGCUUGCUGUCAAAAAGUAACGAUAAGUUAAACUUCCUCUUUACAUCUCAAGUAUGAAGAACUUCAUAAGAUUUGGAAUAUUGCUUCUUCUAAAUACUGACUAUUUAUUGUGUGUUUCUGAAAGAAAUGAGUAUAAGUCAGUAAAUGUACGAAGGAUGAUUGGAGGAUCUGUCGCAGAAAGGGGAUCUUUUCUUUUUAUGGUAGCAAUAUUCUGUAAGGAUAUCUUUCAAGGUGCUUUUUCUUUAAUCACCACACACACAUUAAUAGGAGCAGCGCACGUUGUAGAAAGCUAUGUAAUUAAUGAUUAUUAUGGAAGAAUUGAUGACGUGAACAAAUAUAAAGGGAAGAAAAUCAUGUUUGGAAAAAGAUGUAUACACCCAGAUCACGUUCCGGGUGACAAUCUCCAUGAUAUUGCGCUUCUGAUUCUUCAAGAUCCUAUCGAAGAUAUAUUUACAAUUGCUUUACCUGGAAGAAACGUAAUGUUUACUAAAGGUUUGGCCGUGUUUGCCGGUUGGGGAAAAACUAGUUUGGAUACAGGAGAAUACGAUAAUAAUUUUCUUCGAGUAGCGGAAGUGAACUUAAUAGAUCCAAAAAGCGUUGAUCGUUCGUUUCACAUAAGUGUAACUGGUGAACAAAUUAUAACAGAAACAUUUGGAGUAAAAGCAACGAAAGGUGAUUCUGGCUCACCACUGAUAAUCAUAGAUGAUUCAAGAAGACGAAUUCUCAUUGGCAUUUUGACUAAUCCAAACAAUGAUAUUAAUAAACCAGAUAUUUACAUAUCAACCAGUGCUCAUUAUAAUUUUAUAAACGCUAGUAGCGUUGGAAGACCCACAUUCGUUGACGUAUAAAAUUAGUAUAUUGCAGAGAAUUUUUUAAUUAAGAAGUUAUAAGGAUCAAAUCGAAAUUGUAAUUUCAACGAUCUUGUAUUUCGGCAAUAUCCGUUGCGGCGGCCGAAUAAUUGUAAACUAGCGCUGCAUCUGAAAAUCCAGCUAUAAAAACAUGUGUAGGCCGUCCGCCAUAUUUUUCCCCCUCUCUCGGCUACCCUACGCACGACGAGUGGAUGUUCUGUACCGACCGCAUGCUUGUAACCGAUUGAGCUUUACUCAAUAAGUGUAAAACAAAAUCUUAUACAUA